GCUCAAAUUAAUGGUUUUAAAAGAAACGACACGAGAAGACUCGGGUCUAGUGAGCUGCAUCCCCAUGGAUCCUCGUUCAUAAUGAAACCCAAUGCAAAGUGAAUCCAAGGAGCGGGUUUUUCGCUUUGCGUCUUUCCCUUUCCAAUUUCCCGCCCCGGAGGGAACCGGGCAGCGCCUCCUCGCGAAGCCGAGGCCGUCGAGAGCGGGGCGGGCCUGGGCGGAGGAGGCGGGCGGUGCUGGCGACCGGCCUCCGCGACGAGGAGGGAGGGCGGGCUCUGCUUUGAGGCCCGCCCGGCAUGCGAGGAGCGGGAUGGCCGAAGCCGGGGACUAUGUCGCCGUGGUCUCUCCGUCGACGCCCCCCGGCCCGGGCAGGCCUGGCGGCGGGGAGCUGGGCCGCGGCACCCAGGCCUCGCAGCGCCUGCUGGCCUAUAGCGACGCCCUGCUCUCCAUCAUCGCCACCGUCAUGGUGAGUCUCUCGGAGGGCGGCCGGGCAGCCCCGUCCGGCGCGCCCCUUGCUGUGGGAGGGCGGGUGGAGCUGCACCUGUCGGAGUCCCGCCUGCUGCGCUAGACAGGCUGGGAGCAGGAACGAGGCGCAACCCCGGGGCUGCCCUUUCGCAUGGAAGGGGCGAGGUUUCUGCAGCAGCGCCUCUUCCUUUUUAUUUAUUUUUUAACAUACCUACACACAUAAUUUUUAUGGUAUGCCACCUUUCCAAAGUUAGAUUUAUAAAAGAGAUAAAAGGGACCCCAAGGGUCAUCUAGCCCAACCCCCGCGAUGCACAAAUUCUUCACCCAGUGGGGCUCAAACCCACGACCCUGGGACUAAGAGUCUCAUGCUCUACGGAAUGAGCUAUGGUAUCAGUUCAGACCAUACAACAUGGAAAAAAUGCACAAUUGCAGCGCAACAAAAGCAAUCAUAAACAAUAAACGAAACACCCAAAAAUACACAAUCAGACUGAACAAUUCCUACGUAACCAGAUCUAAAAUAAAGGUAUGAAAACCCCCAAAUGCCUCUUCCUUUUUGAAGGUGAAGCAGCAUGGCUGGAUUAGAACCUGGGUCACCAGCUCUUUCAGCAUCUCAUCACGCAGCCUCCUCUGCAAUACAUAGGCAAUAAUAAUCUCGCUUUAUUCCUUAUGUUUCUACCCAGUCUAAGGAAAAUAGUAGUAACAAUGUUGUUGGGUUGCCCAAGCCUCUUGAGAUUUUUCCCUUCUCCUGUUUUGACUACACAACAACCCUGCGAAGGCUCUUGGACCACACUUUGCUCGUACCUGUGCCUAGAAACCAGGGGUCUUGAGAGACCUUUUCCCGUUUGCCCCGCUGCUUUCCUCAGGACAACUCCACUGUUUGCUUAUUUUAUUGUAUCUAUUGAAUUUAUAUUUAUAUACCGCCCUAUACCCGGGGGUCUCAAGGCGGUUCACAAGACAGAAUCAGAAUAUGAAAGCACAAAAUAUGUAAUCAGGAUAAAAACAACAAUCCAACAAUGCACACACCCCUGAAUCGGAGCAAAUGUCAACCCACAGAACAUUUGCUCUGAUUCAGCUGUAAGGAGAAAGUGGCAGGACAAAACCGAAGUGUGGAUGAGCCCCCAGAGAGAAUGACUGAACUGUGGGUUCCCUAGGCCUUGGUCAGUUCUAACCACUUGGGAAAACUGCUUAUUUGGGGGGGGGGGGGGGCGGGAGGAACUUGUCACCUUUCAUUCAUGCUGUGUUCACAAUCCUCAAAUCAGAUUAGGACCUCAGUUUCAGUUUCUCCCUUCUGCUCCAGGGGGCAGAGAACCUGCUCUGCCUACAAGAGAUUAAAAAAUGCGGGUUUUCCCAUUUUAGUCUCACAACCAGUGCUUUUUUCUGGGGGGGACGCAGGCCAGGGUAUGCAUACCGCUAAACAUUUUGUGAAUCUUUGUACUUUUGUCCAUUUACUGUAUUUAUUUUUCCUGAUUUGAACUAUAAAAUGGUGGUUUUCUUGAGUCAAAAUGAGAAUACCCCGAAACAUUUUUUAAGAAAAAAAGCACUGCGCACAACACUCCUGAGGUGGGUGGGUGAGGUCAACCAGUGAGCGCUGUGGCUGAAAGGAGAUUUGCGCCCACACCGCUAGCCCAUGUCCAGCCCUCUCUUUGCUGUGGCUGCAUACCUUUACAUAAUAACAUCUUUAUUUACUUGGGCGUAAGCACCACUCAGUAAAGUGGUACAAUUUUAAUAGUAAAAUAAAGGAUAGGUUGAAAAGAUGGGGUGGCACCCUUCUACCAUGCUUUAAUCACUGUGAUUGUGAGCAAGGUCAGGGUGAGGAAUUCAUGUUGGGAAAUACCCAUUUUGCUUAUGCAUCCAAAAACUCUUUAGAGAUCAUUUCCUCCUUCCCCAAAUGUCCCUUUUAUGCUCUUUGGUGUUUUGUUUUUUCUUCACUGCUUGUUACAAAUGCUGCUUCUUUUGCAGAUUUUGCCCGUGGCCCAUACAAAGAUACACCCAGAUCAGGUAUUGUGUAUAAUAAUAAUAAUUCUAGGUGGUAUAUUUCAUAUUAAAUGUAAUUUUGAUUGUAUUUCGGUUUACUAAUUUAGAUUGCACUUUGAAUCUUCAGCAUGGUUGUUCCAGUAUAGAGGACAUUUAGCUCUGAGUACUAAAAGAAAUUAGAACAUCCUUUUCAGGUUCAUUUUAAAGUUUCUGUCAAUAGGUGCCCCACAGACCACAUCCAGCCCCCUCGUCUUCAGCUUCCCCUACCCCACUUUCCCUCGCCCAGGUGGCAAGUGGGUUCUCUUUUGACUGGCGUCUUGUGUUUCCUGUUAUUUUGCAUGCAACCACCAGGAUAGGAACAGCACAGUCUCCAUAUUUUGCUUUUGACCUAACAGCACUGCUUUCCUGAUCAGUUCACAGGGUAACACUUCCAGGUUAGAAAGAGCAGAAGACAUCUAUACUGCUUCCUAAUUAACUACCAGGCACCUUAAAGAAUUCAGUGUGUCCACCAGCUAGAUUUGUCUUUAUUCAGAGAGUUUCAUUCUCAGGUUUUGUGUCUUCAGAGAGCAGGGGGAAAGAAUGGAUUAGAAUUGUUUUUUGUUCUGGUUUUAAAUUCACAGUGUACCUUAAGGUUUGUUUUGCAACGCCCUUUCUCUUUGUGCUUUUGCUUGUGUGAAAAACAAGUACACCAUGUCAUGUUUCACUAACUUCUGUAAUGAAUAACAGGCACUCGUUUGUCAAAUGCUGUGUUUUAUUUCAGAAACUGGGUGAAAGUGUUCAGCAGCUCCUAGCCACCAAAAUUGCCGUUUACCUGAUGACUUUUUUAAUAGUAACAGUUGCUUGGGCAGCUCAUGUCAGGUACGCAUUUAGGAAUGUGUUGGAAAAGGUACACACACACCAGCCCUUCUUGCGAAUUGCAGCAAGGACGGAAGGCAUCCUGUAACAGAGCUUGCAGGUUGUGCUGAGCCCUGCCAUGCCAGUUGAAUUCACUGCCGCUAAGAACACAUUAAACUAGCCUUGGAAAAACAAAUCCUCAAGAGAACAUAAGAAGACCUCUAAAACCACAGAGCCUAGGACUUGCCGAUCAGAAGGUCGGUGAUUCGAAUCCCCGCGACGGGGUGAGCUCCCGUUGCUCGGUCCCUGCUCCUGCCAACCUAGCAGUUCGAAAGCACACCAAAGUGCAAGUAGAUAAAUAGGCACCACUCUGGCGGGAAGGUAAACGGCGUUUCUGUGCACUGCUCUGAUUCGCCAGAAGCGGCUUAGUCAUGCUGGCCACAUGACCCAGAAGCCAUAUGCCGGGUCCCUCGGCCAAUAAAGCGAGAUGAGCGCCGCAACCCCAGAGUUGGUCACGACUGGAACUAAUGGUCAGGGGUCCCUUUCCCUUUACCUGUUUAAUCAAACCAACUAUCAAGUCCAGCCCCCUGUUUUCCACAUCGGAAAAAAUGAAUUGCAUUUGGUUAAAAGAAGUCCUUUUUUCUUUUUUGUCCUGAAUCUACUGCCAGACAAUUUCAUUAGGUUACCACCAUAUGACGCUUUCUUUUGACCAGUCUGCACAUACAUCUGUUUGCCAUUUGUGGCCUUAGGAGAAGAAACAACUUUUAUAAGCUUAUGCCUCAUCUUGCAGAAGUAUUUUAAUGCUUAAUGUUUUAUUAUGAUUUUAUAUGUGUUGGAAGCCACUCAGAAUAGCUGAGGCAACCUAGUCAGAUGGGCAGGGUAUACAAAUAAUAAAAUUGUUGUUAUUUCCUGGGUACAAUUGUUACUCACUCUUUAGGAGCUUGGGUUUGAUGGCUGUUCUCAAAAUCCCAUUUAAUUGGUGGUUUGUGAGGGAUCUACAAAUAAGUAGUUUGGCUUAUUAGCCUCUUCCCCUACCUACCUUCUCCCCCCCAAAAAAGUCCUGUGACUUUCACAGAGGGCUUGCAGGGAAGGCAGAGUUCUUUCUCCUUUCUGCUAGUGUAUAAAGAAGAUAAGAAACAGUGGGGAGAAACUCCUUUCUUUUCCUGUCUUAUCCAGUCCUCAACACACUGGAGUUAUGACCAGCCUAAGUGAGAUAAUAAGCUGAGCCCUUUGUAUGUGUCAAGGGAGAGGUGGGGGCUUAUUUGAUAAGAUAAGAAAUGGCAGGAAAAUCUUCCAUCUCUUAGUUUCUUUAAGCCACAGUAGGUGUAAGAGCUUGAGGGAUGGGGAAGGGAAUCAUCCUGUUGGCUGACUUACCAAAGAGUCUAGCAAGCUGGUGAGCAGAUUUCCCUGGUUCAUCAGGCCUGGUUGCCUGAUCUUUUUCUGUUUCAGAAAGGGAAGUUUCUGAGUUUCACAUUCAUUUCUCCCUUACCGCUGAAUAUGAGUAGACUCAUCAUAGAAUGGAGGUACACUGCAUAACUCUUCCCAAGUGAUACUAUCAUCAAAAUUAAGACUUGUUCAGUGAACGUGUAAGUCAGUCAGAACUUUCUGAGUAUUUUACCAGGGCCAAAUUAUUAAUAGCUUUUGUUAUCUCUCUCUCCCUCUCAGACUUUUUCAAGUGAUCGAACUCAUAGAUGAUGUGCUUGCCCUUCUAAAUUUGGUGAGUGAAAUAAAGGUCUGUUAAGAAAAGACACGCUGGUGUAAAGAUCAAGAUAUUCCCAGCCUUGAAUAUUAUCAAUACCAAGAUGGAACAGUUUUGAAUUUCCUGCUUACAAAUUUCAGUAUCCUAAUGUUUCAAAAACAAAAUUAUCUAGAACAGCAAUGGGCUAUGAUGUGUUUUAUCCAUUUUACUGCACCACUAUUUGAUAUUAGUAUCUAAUGAUAUUAGGGACAUCGUAACUACACCUGGGAUAUAUGUGUAAUGCUUUUUGCUUCAUUUGUUGACGGUGAAAUGCAAAAUAUGAAUAGUUUAAUAAUUACCCAAAGCAGUUGGAGGUUUUAACUUGUCCCAGUGCAUAACAUACAGACUUGUAUGGUCUUGAGGGACAUUCUGUCCAAUUCUUCUUCAAAUGUAUGGGAGCUGUCCAGGAGUCCUGCCUUUAGCAGAGUGGGUGGCGCUGUGGUCUAAACCACUGAACCUCUUGGGCUUGCCGAUCAGAAGGUCAGCUGUUUGAAUCCACGCGAAAGGGUGAGCUCCCAUUGCUCUGUCCCAGCUCCUGCCAACCUAGCAGUUUGAAAGCACACCAGUGCAAGUAGAUAAAUAGGUAGAGCUGUGGCAGGAAGGUCAAUGGUGUCUCUGUGCACUCUUGGUUUCCAUCAUGGUGUUCCAUUGCACCAGAAGUGGUUUAGUCAUGCUGACCACAUGACCCAGAAAGCUGUCUGUGGACAAACACCGGCUCCCUUGGCCUGAAAGUGAGAUGAGCAUCGCAGCCCCAUAGUCUCCUUUGAUUGGACUUAACCAUCCGGGGUCCUUUACCUUUUUACCUUCUGUCCAAGUCUUCUUCAACUGUAAGGGAGCUAUCCAGGAGUCUUUCUGCCUUUCUAGGGUUGCCAUACGUCUGGAUUUUCCUGGGCAGGUCCGGGAUUCCAAUGAUGGAAUUAGCGUCUGGGAAGAAUUUUGGGAAAUUAGCAAAAUGUCCGGGUGUUUGACAACAACUUUUUGUGUCUGGAUUUUUACUUCUUGAAAUACGGCAACCCUAUAAAGCUGCCAUUCAUUUUGGCUUGUCUUGUGCUGAGAGAACAACCUGCUUGAUUGUUCCCUAAAAUUGUUGUGAUUUAACACAAGAAACAGAUUUGAACAUAACUUGGGAAAAUGAGCUGAGGCUACAAACAGAUGAUUGUGGGAAGCCACUGAUGUCUUCCAAUGAGUUCUUCUUUGUACAACCAUGCCUGGGUUGGAUAAAGCCCGAGGGUUGUAGAGGUUCCACAGGCAACACUUACUGCAUUAUCUUUGUUCAAUGUGAGCUGCUGCUAUGUAUGAAGUCCCUGGAUGUUCUCUGGCUCCCUUUCCUUGCUAGUGUCAUUCCUCCCUAAAACUGGGGCAACGUUAGAGUGGGAAGAGGCUACAGCUUAGGCCCCAAGUAUAGUCCUGGGCUUCUGACAUUUCAUUGCUAAGCAGAAAGGAGCCAAACUGCAGCAUCAUCCAUACCAUGAAGAUAAUGUGAGAAGGGACACUGACUUGCAUUUACAUUCCAAGGAGCCAUGUCUUCUCACAUGUUGAAUUCUUUCUCUCCUAGGCAUGUAUGAUGCUCAUUACUUUUUUGCCAUACACAGUAAGUAAGCAUUCUGCUUCUUUCCUGCCUAACAUUUGCCUUCUGUUUGAUUAUUGAGGUGUAAACUGCUUUUAAAACUUAAAGACUCUACCUGUUGGAAUAGAGUUGACAUCUUCCUGAAAUGGGUACAACUCUUAUUUGCUUAAAAGGCUUAAGCGUAACAUUAAUAAACUCUUGUGUUUUGACUUUAAUUUAUGUAUGGUAUAUCAUUUGGUCAGCUGAAGGUUAAUCGCUUAACCAGUUAUCACAAAACUUCACUUAUUACAAGUAAAUAACACCUAAAGUGAAAGGCAAACAAAGUGUAUGUACUCUUAUCUAUUCUGAAGCACGUCUCAUUAUGGAACACUUUGUACAGGCAUAGAAAGCCAUUUGAACAAAGUGGUCAGUGUGCCUUUGCAGACCAUGGCUCUCUAAAAUCUCCCCAGCUCCUCUUUGCCUCUGGUGUUGGAUAGGAGCAAAUCCCCAGGCUUUGAGUAUAAGUGAGCAGCCUAUUAUCUCUUCCAGCUUAUCCCUCCCAGAAAGGAGGACGGCCGAAAGGUGGUCUAGUAAUUGGUAUCUCACUGAAGCUGCAUUUCAAAUUUUCACUAGUUUUGACUGCUCCCCUUAUGCUUUAUCCGGGUUGAUGUCGGGGGAAAAGUAUCACUGCUAAUCUCUAAUGUCUACCUCCCGCCAGGGGUUCGGUCCCUUGAACUGCAUGAUAGAUGGGAAAUAUUAGAAGAUCAUUUAGUAUCAUGCCGAGUCAAAUAUGCCAAUAGCCAAUCCUUAAUUGGUGGUGACUUCAACGCACGUAUAGCAGCAAAUUGGGCUGAUUUAACUAAAGCUAAAUGGUGGACUGCUCCAUGCCUUGACAAUUAUGAUUUGAGACAUGCCUUAGGGAGAGCCUCAAAAGACUCCAAAGUAAACGAGGCUGGAGUACUUCUUUACCAGAUGGCUAUUCGCUUAAACUUAGAACCCCUGAAUGGCUGCUGCCCUCCUGAUAUACCGGGGGAGUAUACCCACCUAGGCAUAAAAUCAAACAGUGUGCUAGAUUACCUUUUAGCCUCGAGUGACCUGAUUUGAAAGCUCUCUCUUUUAAGAUUGGCAAUAUUCACUAUAGUGAUCACCUUCCACUUGCUGCUACGUUUGACCUAGACUGGCACGGGGACGAGCACGGUCAUCCAACUCAAUUAGAUACUAAUGCAGAAAACCAGGUAGAGGGUAUUAAUACGGCAUUACGAGUGAAGGGUAUAAAGUGGUCUGUAACGCAGGCUCAAAAAUAUUCUGAAUUUUUUCAGCAGGAGAUCAUACAAACCUAUUCAGCCCUUGGCAUAACUUCAUAUGAUCACGACCAAACUAUUAAUCUAUUUGCCAAUCUGUUGAAUGACCUCACGUCAUUCUUUUCUGUCCCAACCCACCAGGCAAAUUGGGCCCACCCCAAGACAGGUGCACCGUGGUUUAACCGUAAUUGCAAACAAGCCAAACAACAUCUUUGUGCUAUUUAUAAUGAUUACAAAUCCUCAGGGGCGAUUACGCUUCCCAAGGAGUACUAUCAGGCAAAAUCAGCUUACAAAUAUGUGCAGAAAAAGGCCAAACAGGAAUGGCAAUUGAACCGCUGGCAAGCACUUAUAGCUGCCUCAAGUACUCGUAAUUCCCGAAAAUUCUGGCUGUUGGUUAACAGAAAAUCUAAAAGAUACCCCUUAACAGUUAUUCCUGCCCCAAUUUGGGAAUCCUUUCUAAGGAAUUAUUUUGCCUUACCAGACCUUAAUAUUAAUACAAUCGAUGGAGUCUAUGAGCAGCUCCUCUUUGGCCACCCACUGACCCGGAAGAAAUCCACGGACUUAUUUCUAAUCUUAAAAUCGGAAAAGCCCCCGGUCCUGAUCUAGUCCCGGCAGAAGCUAUAAAGCUUCAUGCUGACUGGUGGGCGAAAAUCUUGGCCGCUACCUUUGAUGCCGUAAACAACAGUGGGAAGGUACCAAGAAUAUGGAAGGAUGCGAUUAUUGUUCCAAUUCAUAAAAAGGCUCGACAGAUGACCCGGGAAAUUACAGGAAUAUCAGUUUAUUGUCAUUAAUCGGGAAAAUAUAUGCACGGUUCUUGUUAACUAAGCUUACUAAGUGGGCCGAAGAGAACAACCUGAUUGGGCCUGAACAGGCUGGUUUUAGACCGAAUCAGUCAGCGGUUGAUCAGAUCUUAGUUUUAUACCACCUUGCCCGGAAAUACUCCUCCCCAAAUAGAGGCCAACUUUGUGCGGCCUUUAUUGAUUUAAAGGCCGCUUUUGACAGCAUCCCCAGAGGAUUGCUUUGGGGAAAACUAGCCCGAUGGGGAAUAGACAAAAGACUUUUGUGGCUAAUAACUAAACUGCAUGACGGAUCGGCCGCUAGGGUGAGAAUCUCUCCGGCAGGCGACCUCUCAAACUCAGUAACUAUCAAUAGAGGUGUUCGCCAAGGAUGUAUCCUUGCUCCGACCCUUUUCAAUCUAUUUAUAAGUGAUAUGAGGGCGCCUCUGAUAGAGGCUCAAGAAACGAUCCACGCCCCCCGUCUUGCCCAAUAUCGUUGCCCCCUUCUACUCUACGCAGACGACGCAGUGAUCCUAUCCUUUUCAAGAGUCGGCCUUAGGAGGGCAUUAAAAAUUUUCGAUGUUUACUGUAAAUCAAAUUUUCUUACAAUUAACCAUGUUAAGUCCAAAGUUCUAAUUUUCACCAAGAGUAGAAAAACCUAUAAUUGGAGAAUAGACGGAAAAGCUAUUGACCAAGUCUUUAAAUUUCAGUACUUGGGAGUCUUCCUCCAACACAACAUGGGCUGGAAGGUCCAUGUUGCAUAUGUAUUAAACAGAGCUAAAGCCCUUUCCUAUGCGCUAUUGCGCUUUUUCUUUUCAGAUGGGGCUUUCCAUAUUCCAUCAGUGUUAAAAGUUUUCAAGGCAAAGGUGAUUGCAACAAUAGCAUAUGCAGUCCCAUUAUGGGGGUCCUUUGCUAAUCUAACCCAGUUGGAGGUAAUCCAAAACCAGCUUUUAAGAAGGUUGUUAAAAUUACCCAGGUGUGUAAGCAAUACUGCUAUACGACUGGAACUAAAUGUUACAUCUCUAGAAACCACAUUAUGGAAAUGCAUCCUCUGUUACUGGUUGGCUUUAUGGCAUAAACUUCCAAAUCUCCACCUGAUACAAUGCCUCUGGAGAGAUGACUUCCCUAGCCCCUGGGCAAAAAUAAUACAUGGGAAACUUGUGUCCCUAGGACUAUCUCCAUCCGAACUAUUAAAAUUGGAUUUAACUUCGGCCAAAAGAAUUAUAACUCACAAAUUAGAGGAGAUGGAUUUACAAUUUAAUAUUGCGACAGGUGGAGGCACCUGUUCGCCGAUAAACCUUGGCUUAACUCCACCAACGAAACUUCCAUCUUACUUAACUACCUUAUCUGUGGUGACGCACAGGUAUGCCUUUAUAAUGGCUAGAUUCAAUGUUUUCCCAUCAAACGUGUUGGGUAACAGACUCUCCAACGGACAGAUCUCACUCCUCUGUGACUGUAAAAGCGGAUCUAUAGAAUCGUUAUAUCAUAUAAUCUUCUGUUGUCCAUUACAUUCGGCUUCACGGUCCAAGUUUCUGGCCCCAUAUUUAUCGAGAAUUGCUGACAGUCCUCAGGAAGCCCAAAUAAUAUACUUAUUAAACGACGAAGAUACAAGUAGAUCCCUUGCAAUCGCUAGAUACCUGAUUAAUGUUUUAUUUCAAAAGAGGAGAAAUGGAUCACUGUAUGUUUCUGACAGCUUAGCUAAACUUAAGAACCAUCAAUAAGUGCCAGAACUAAGACGUAUACCCCCAAAAUCUGAUGGAUCGGAAUUGCGGUUUACAUAGAGGGAGCUUAUUGUGUAUAGUGUUUACUUAACUAAAGUAAAAUUGGUUUUAUAAGGGUGUUUUAACUUGGAACUGUUUAAAUUGUAUUGUUUAUGGAUAAAUUCUGAGCAGUAAAAGCUACCCUCCCACCACAAGACCAGAACCUCUUUCCUUUCCUUGUGAUCUCCUUGCCUCCAGACUAGGGUUAGCAUGAAACCAAAGUGAUUCCGGCUGCUAAUCCGUUCAGUCACAAAUGCAUGUCAAAAACCCAGAAGCUGAUUUUAAGCGAAUUUAUUAAGAAUCAGGAUUAAGGAGACCACAAAGGGGAAAUGCAGAGUGAGCUUAUUAUGUAUUUGGCACAGUGAAUUUUGUUCUCUGCGACUGCGGUGAGGCUUGCAACUCUAAACCUAAUCUUCUUUGAAGGUAAAUUGUCUGAAUUGUUCAGACAGUCCCAGAAUUUUCUCACCCAGACUUGAAACUGGGCUCUGCCAGUUAGCAUAGAAAUUUCACCGCACUUGCACCGAUGCCUUCCAGUAGCUUUUCGGCAUAAUAUGCUGGUUCAUAAACCCAAGUUGCAAGCUUCUCAGUCCAUCCUAGAAUUCUGUACUCAAGCACCUGUUCACUGAAAGAGUGAAAUUCAGAAAUUCAGCAUUUCUUACUGCUUUCCUCUUCAAGUUAAUACAAUAUCCCUGGAUAUGCUCUUGGCCUCUCUCAGAAGAACUUGCAGAUCUUACAAGUUUGUUUGUUGAUUCAACUGAGUGUCAAGGGUAUGAAAAGCAGAGCUUGCAAAUAUAUAACUUUAUUUUUUUUUAAAAAAAAAAAGCUGAUCCAAGCAACUAUAUAUACAUAUUUAUCAGGUUUUACUUUCCAUGAGUGUAUUUUGCAGCAUAUCACUGAUCUCCUGUUUUGUCUUGCAGUUCUCCUUGAUGGCCUCAUUUCCAGAUGUACCAUUUGGCAUUUUCAUGUUUAGUAGCUGCAGUGUUGUAAUCGGCACUAUCCAGGUCUUGUUGCUUUCAUUUCAGUAUUUAAAAUUAGGGACUAUUAGCAGGAAAUAUUCCAUAGGUUAUAAUCAGAAAAUGGUGACGAUGCACGUUUUAUCCUCCUUAUAUGAGAACAUGGGAUGCGGGUGGCGCUGUGGGUUAAACCACAGAGCCUAGGACUUGCCGAUCAGAAGGUCGGCGGUUCGAAUCCCCACGACGGGGUGAGCUCCCGUUGCUCGGUCCCUGCUCCUGCCAACCUAGCAGUUCGAAAGCACGUCAAAGUGCAAGUAGAUAAAUAGGUACCGCUCUGGCGGGAAGGUAAAAGGCGUUUCCGUGCGCUGCUCCGGUUCGCCAGAAGCGGCUUAGUCAUGCUCCCUCGGCCAAUAAAGCGAGAUGAGCGCCGCAACCCCAGAGUUGGCCACGACUGGACCUAAUGGUCAGGGGUCCCUUUCCCUUUACCUUAUAUGAGAACAUAAUUGUUUAGUCCCUAAAGGAAAGCGUAGAUUCCCUUCUUGCAGCAGCUAGUAGAAGCGGCAAAAGCUGCAAGCACUUACAGGACCAGUUUUAUUAUUGCAUUGCUUUGUGCUCACAGGUUUGCUAUUCAGAUUUGCAGGCAAGCACAAACCACAGUGGACAACAAUUGUUCACAAUCACUUGUGAACUAGUAAACAAAGGUUUGAUGCAAAUUGGGAUUGGAAAUUGGCUAACUCUUCGGUGUGCAAGGGUAAGAGGGAGCUGGAGAAAUAAGUAGAAGCUUGAGGCUUGUUCUUGUAACACCAAACCAUGGUUUGGCAUUAUGUCUGGGGUUGGCAUUAGUCUCCUGUACUCAUGCAGUGUUUUCUUCACUCUGCAGGCAAUCAUCGUAGUGUAUGGCUUCCACCAUCCGUAUUUACUCAGCCAUCAAAUACAAGAGUCCGAAAACCAGGCAUUCUACAAAAAUCAUAUUCUGAAGAUUAUACUAAGAGGGCCGAUGCUUAGUUUUUUUGCUGCCAUCGUCUCCUUUUUCUUCAUCCCAUUGGUAAGGCCUCCUUUACAUUCAAACAGCGAUUACCAAACUGUGUGCAAGAGCAGGAUUGUGUUCUACAAUGGGGGCUUUUCAGCAUGCCAGCCAACCAUGCCCUACUUGGGGUACUCCUUUUCCUCAUUCUCCCGAUUGCUUCCAACUAUCAGCCUAUAUUUUGUGUCUGCUGAGCAUGUCCAGUCUUCAUCAGGCUGUUGUGGGGAGGGGUUGGUUUUUAGGUUUGGGGGUUUAUUCCCCCUAAAGAGUUUUUUGUAUUCCUGCAAACCCGGGAACUCGUCUGAGCAUGUUGCCAUGCAAUAAACAAGCUCUUAUUUCCUUCCAGGCUUACGUGUUUCUUGGGCUCGUUAUUUUUUUCCCACACGUCAGCCACCUAACUAAAUGGUUUAAAAGCAAGGUCCUUGGUGAGUAUCCUUUUAUGUUUAUUUAUUUAAAGAUUUUUUUUAAAAAAACAAAACACCAGGCUGCUCUUGCCACCAAAUUGGAAAUCUAAUAGACACUAUACAAAAAGAGAAAGGAACUGAACCGAAAGUAAGCAAGUUCAGGAGUCCUUUAUUAGCCCUAGUUACAUACUGUAUCUUUCUGUGUAUAAGACUAUAUUUCCCUCCAAAUGUUUUAAGUUUAAAAUUGGAGGUUGUCUUAUACAUGCAGUGUUGCAAUUGCUUAUUUCUUAAUUUUGGGCUCAAAAAAUAGGGGUUGUCUUAUACAUGGGGGUGUCUUAUACACGGAAAAAUACGGUAAUUGAUACCAUAGUGACUAGCUGAAAUGGCCUAGGAGGCAGCAAAAUGGCAGCUGGUCCCAGCCAACUCGAUGGAGAGGGCUUUGCAAUCUGUCCUCUCCCUCAGACACAGCUAGGCAGAAGGACCGCUGCCUUAAUUCUUCUGCAUGGGAUUGCUUUAUCUCCUCCUUGGGUGACUGAGUACUUUUUAAUUUAAAAAGUAAUACCUAGUGUUAUUGUUUCUUGUUUUAAUGUACAAUAUGUUUUACCCUUGCUGCUGCUAUGUUUUGUGUCUUGUUUUGCUUUAGAUACAUUCUGGUUUCUGUUGCUUUUAGAAAGUGCCUUCGCAUGUUUAUUGCUUAUAUGAUAUGGUUUUACGAUGGUGUUGUAUGCCACUCUGGGCACUUCUGGUAGAAGAGAGGAAUGCAGAUCAAUUAAUAUAAUAUUAUAUUUGAAAUAGGAUAGGCAGCCGGCCAGUUGGGAGUCUAAGGAUAAACACAUGAUCAAAAGUCACACAACAAUAAUCUGUACAGGAAAGGUUCUCCUAUCAAGCCUUGGAUAAGCAACAUAUGUAUGGGAGGAGGUAGGCAGGAAUAACAUGGUGAAGGUAUUUUUAUUUAUUUCUAGGGGAUGAGACAAAAUGAAUAAAGGCUUGUCGACUAUAUAAAAGAAAAGCUUAGCGCUUUCAUUCAGCAUGCUUAUUAUUGUGCCUUCCAGGUCAAGAAGACGAAGUCCCUCUGGAGUCUUUUACUUCUUACCUUACAGAACCCCUUAGUAAGGAACGAGUGGAAGCAUUCAGUGAUGGAGUUUAUGCAAUCGUAGCAACCCUAUUGAUUCUGGAUAUAUGGUAGGUCUUCAGAAAUCUUAGUUCUAUCCAGUAUUGCCCUUGACUGUUUUUCAUAUGAGAAUACAGUGCUUGGAGGGGAAAGUGUGUACAGUGGUUCCUUGGUUCUUGAACAGCUUGACUCCCAAACAAUUCGGCUCCCAAACACCGCAAACCUGGAAGUCAGUGUUCCGGUUUGCGAACGUUUUUCAGAAGCCAAACAUCCGACGCAGCUUCCGCUUGAGUGCAGGAACUCGGGCUCCCAGAACAGAUUAAGUUCGAGAACCAAGGUACCACUGUAUAGAGUUUUAUUUCAUAAAAUUUAUACACUGCUUGACUGUUAAAAAAAACCAAAACAACUCAAAGCAGCUUACAAAAAGAUAAAACAAGAAAACCAGGAAAGAUUUACAGCCCUACUUUAAAACAUACAAAAGUUAAAAUACUAAAACAGAUUAAAAUGGCCUCAACUUUCUAAGAUUCUGGGUAGGCUUGUCUAAACAAGAGUGUUUUUAGCAGGCUCUGAAAAAAGUACAGUUGUACCUCAAGUUACAAACGCUUCAGGUUACGUGUUUUCAGGUUGCGGACCGUGGGAAACCCAGAAGUACAGGAAAGGGUUACUUCCGGGUUUUGCCGCUCGCGCAUGCACAGAAGCACUAAAUCAUGUCACGCAUGUGCGCAGACGCGGAACUGCAGGUUACGAAUGCUGCGGGUUGUGGACGUGCCUCCGUCAUGGAUUACGUCCGCAACCCGAGGUUGCACUGUACAGUGCAGGGGUCUGCUUGAUCUCAGUAGGCAGGGAGUUCCAAAGUGCCACACUAAACGGCCGAAUUCUUACCAAUGUGGAACGGGUAUUAUGUGGCACCUGUAAUAGUGUCCACUUCUGCCAAUCGAAGCAGUCGAAUGGCCACACAUGGGGUAAGGCAAUCUUGUAGGUAAACUGGUCCCAAGUUGUUAAGGGCUUUAUAUACUAAUAGUAACGCCUGGAACUUGGCCCAGUAGCAAAUUGGCAACCAGAGCAGGUCUCUGAGCACAAGUGCUAUAUGCUGACAAAGCCUUACUCCUAUCAGCAAUUGCUCUGCAGCAUUCUGCACUAACUGCAGCUUCUGCAUCAAGCACAAGGGAAUCCCCACAUAGAGUUUGGGGGGUGGAGUUUACAGUGUGGACCUCCCUUUAAUCCCUCUUAAGCAUGGGCCUUCCACCAGUGCAAUUGUAUUAGUACUUGCACAUCCUAGUGGAAAAUACCUACGCUUAAUGAAGUUAAAUGAUGAAAUUUCCACCUUUGCUUCAUGUUGGUAGUUCAUAGAUGGUAGCAUGAGCGCUGCCUAUCACAUAGCGCUUGUCCAUAGCGGUUGCCUGCAAAAUAGAAAAGUCACCUGGAUCUGCAAUCUCCUGUUAUCCCACUAACUGACCAAAAACCACCAGUUCAUUUUAAUCCUCCUCCUUUACAGAAAACAGAGGUGUUAUAUGUACAGUGGUACCUCGGGUUACAUACGCUUCAGGUUACAGACUCUACUAACCCAGAAAUAUUACCUCAGGUUAAGAACUUUGCUUCAGGAUGAGAACAGAAAUCGUUCUCCGGCAGUGCGGCAGCAGCAGGAGGCCCCAUUAGCUAAAGUGGUGCUUCAGGUUAAGAACAGUUUCAGGUUAAGUACGGACCCCCGGAACAAAUUACUGUACCAUUGUUUAACUAUGAAAAUCAUUUACUAAAAGGAGAUAUAUAUAUAUAUAUAUAUAUAUAUUUCUAAGUGUUAAAGUAACAUGCAGAAAAUGAUAGAAUAUCACCAUAUAAAUGGAUGCCGGUGCAUGUAUAACUGAAAGAUUAUUUCCCACCCCAACAGUGAAGAUAAUGUUCCUGACGCUAAAGAGGUGCGAGAGAAGUACCGCGGGAAUCUCAUCAAUGCAUUGAGUGAAUACGGUCCGAAUUUCCUUGCCUACUUUGGGUCUUUUGUUACUAUCGGCCUUCUCUGGUUUGUCCACCAUUCGCUCUUCCUUCACGUGACAAAAGCGACGCGCCUGAUGGGCCUCCUCAACACUCUCUCGUUGGCUUUCAUUGGAGGUCUGCCUCUGGCCUACCAGCUGACCAGCGAGUUUGCGGAGAAGUCUCACAACGAAAUCGAAGCUAUCCAGGUGAGCUGCGUCACCAUUUUCUUCGCCAGCAUCUUUCAGUUUGGCAUCUGGACCGCGGCCCUCUUCCACGAAAGGGAAACGCUGCAUCCUUUUGCACGAUACGGCGGCAAAGAGCACGCCUUCAUGUUUGCCAAGCUGGCUCUCUACCCCUGCGCGAGCCUCGCAGCCUUCUUCCUGACCUGCGCUGUAAGCGAGCUGAGUACAGAAAUCUUCCACCUCAUGCAGAUCAUCGUCCCCUUUGCCUUCCUCGUCUUGCGCAUCUUCGUCAGGGUUGGUUUGGUGGCGCUGAAGUUCCUGGUGUCUCUGUUCAGGCCACGGAAAGAUGUAUCAGAAGAAGAGGAAGCCUGUUUGUCUCCUUCCGAGACCUUGUCAUAGCUUUACCGCUGCUUUCCUUGGAAUUCCUGUGGAAUUGCUUCUACUUGAACAUGCCUGGUCCAAGCCACAACUGGGUAUAUUCAACAUUUUACCUGUUUAGAUGCUUUGCUUCAUGGAACAUAAAACGCUUUGAGUAGAGAGAUUUCAGCUGCAAAUCUCCAUCAGAAAUGGAGUCGUGCAAAGUCCACUGGCCAUAUUUUUGGCUGCAGGUUGGACGUUUUUGUCAGUGAUUAGUGCUAUGAUGAUGCAUCUAACCACCAAUGUAGUCAGUUUUUUGCAUAAUAAUAAAAAUAAUAAUUUAUUAUCUAUACGCCGUCCAUCUGGCUUGGUUUCCCCCAGCAUGGUGACAGAAGGAGCACAGAAAGAUUAAGGGAGAAUUAUAGCAUUGGGUCUGUUUUUGAGGCGAUGAAUAAGGAGAUGGGACUGUGGCUUGGUGUUAAAUCACAUGCUUUGCAUGCAAAAUGUCCCAGAUUCAGUUCAUAGGAUUGCCAGUUAGAGCUGGGAGAGGCCAUCUGAAACCGGAGAGCUGUUUUCAGUCACUGUUAAUAAUACGAGGUAGAUCAAUCCAUGGUCUUGGAAUAAGGUAACUUUCCCUAGUUCCUAAAGUCAAGUUUCAGUUGUCAUAAUUAGUAAAAGUAGUAAGAUUCGUAUUCAUGUCAUGUUCAUGUUAUCAGGGGGCAUUAUUUGAAUGUUAAGUUGUUACAUAUUCUAUGAUACGCCUGUUGCAGUAAAUCAACAUCUGCUUCCUGGAAUACAUACAGGAUGCAUUUGGCCUGGAAUAUGAGUGAAAAUUAUUAUGUAGCGUGUCGGGCAACUGCCCGGGAAUCUCCAAAACAAAUGGCUUUCAUGGACAAUAGACAAGGUGGUUCAUCUCUGGUAGAAAAAUCUAAAGACCUCCGAUUUCUCAGGGAUCUGGAGUCUAGGAAUGUGAAAAUUGUACCAGGGCUCAUCCUGGUUUCUGCAGAAAGUUGAGGGUAGCACCUACGGAUAUCAAGUCUUUUUCCAGCUCUUGCUUAAUGUCUGUUUCCUUCAGUGUUGUUCUGCUGAGCCGAUACACUUCCAGUAUAAAGUCAUCUGAGCUUUGGCUAAUCCACUAAGAUGCCGGUUUAUCUUGAAUGUUGCCUUUAGCUGGAAGGAAGAACUUUCUAUACCUAAUGUUUGAUGCAACUUCUCAAUGAAAUGCUCAGCAUUAUGCCAUUCAGAAAAAAAAACCAGUCUCUUUUCUUGAAAUGCACCUACAUAGGCUAGCUAAUAGCUUCUGUACUUUUCCCUUGAUUGCACUUUAUUAUAAACGUAAAAUAGUAUUUAUAUUUUGAGUGGCUUAUGAUGCACAAUUACCUUUACUUGAUUGAUUGAUUGACUGAUUGAUCAUCAUAAUACUUGCUUUGGAGAAAUGCACUAUAUUGUAUGUUGAGAUUCAACCUACAAUCUAAGAUAUGUCCUCUUAAUGAUUCUCUUUGGUCCCUUAUUUUAUACAUUCCUUAAUUUUAAAAUGUGUUGGAACAUUUUUUUAUUGAAUAAAAUGCUGCAUUUACAAUUG